AUGCAAGAAUCGUGUGAGAAGUGCCUUAUCUCAAGUGAGUGCUUUUAUAGACUUCAUCAUGAAAGGUGUCCAUGUUGGUGGGGAAGAAAAUAGCCUGUCGCUUUACUGGCAAUUAAACUUAAAGUUUUGAGCAUAUUAUUAAAAAAGAUUGUAUUGUAUUUUCGUAUUAAAGCCAAUUGCAUGUUUGUUACAUACGGGCAAUUUCCUAUACUUUGCAUCGUUUACAUUAACUACGUGUGCAUGUACUUAAAAUUCUGAUUGGUUCUCUUAGAAGCUCUCUGCAUCUCUUGUGAUUAGUCCAAGUGAUUGCUGUGGUUUUUGCGGCACUCAAUUUGAAGACCACUCUAUUAAUUACACCAAAAAUUAGAGAAAAAUUUGAUCACGUACACGUGUGAUUUGCUUGAAGUAAAAUCGUAUCAUCUGACUUCCCUACCCCUUUUCCCCCACUCUGUUUAUAUACACAGGGUUCGUAUAGGUUCUGUUUAGUCAUGGAAUUCUAUUGGUGGUGUUGAAUGGGACUGGAAACUCCUGGAAAUUGUAACUUUAACUCCAACAAUAUUUUUUCUUGAUUGUCAAGCACUGCAAAAACCUGUCUUUAAUACUCCCUGAAACUUUACUUUAAGUGCCUAUGAAGUAAAAUUACAUUUGCAUUUGAGCGAAAAUGGCGCUUUCUCUUUCAAAAGAUGUUUUUUCAUUCCCAAAGCUUAAAAUUGAUGAUGUCAUCAGUGGUUCAAGCAAGAAGAUAAAUCACAAAAUUGAUAAUAUCUCUGGGAAAUAUAUAAGUGAUGCCAUUUAAACUUGGCACCAGUAAUAGGCCAUUUCAGAAAUGUGAGAGGACUGGGACGAGUUUGGUUGCUUUCUGUUUGUUUAAAAAAAACUAAGACAUUCAAAUGAGAGAUCAACCAAGUUUGAGAUGUAUUUAGAGGAGGAAAAUGGCGAAAUAAUAUAUCUUCAAAUAUCACCUAAAAUAGAGAGUUCGUAUGGAAUGGGUAGACAGGCCACAAAAUUAGAAGGGUUUGUAUGGGAUUUUGCAACUUUUGCAAGUCUCCCAUUUGGCCAAUUUUCCGUAGAAAACUCUCAAAGUUGGCUGGAUAGCUUUUUAUUUGGUAACAUUUCAGUUGAAGAGUUUAGAUUUUCAAUCUAAGCAAGUAUGAGAAACUCGUCCUAGUCCUCUCACGUUUCUGAAAUGGCUUAUGUACGUCAGAUAAGACAUAAUAACAGUUCUGCUUCCCAGUCUAUUUCAUGCUGGAUUAAGUUUCCAGUUUUUUUUUUAACAUUAUUAAGCAUUGUCCACCUGUGAUGAGGUGGUAAAGAGUAAAUAAGGUAAUAUGGGUAUCACAUGUGUUUUCAAGUAAGACCAUCUGUUCCUCCUCACCUGUUCAAAAUUGGAGAUAUUUGAUUCAUGGCUAAAGAAGCCUUAGACCUAGAGUGUUGCUAUGGGAACAUCACAGAAGGUAUCAUUUUGCUUAUUUCCUGACGUUCAUUACUGGUGCCAAGUUUAAGUUUCUCAAAACUCCUGAAAAGCUGUUCUGCAUGCAUUAGGCUCAUUCCCAGAAGUUCUCUUCUGUUAAUAACUAAACACGCUAUACACUGUACAGUUAAAAAUUACAUUAGGCUGGCUAUCUCAAAGUACAAUUCAGUCAAAAACAGCUUGAAAAGUGGCUUCUCAAACCUGAAAUGUUUCUGGAAUUUUGAGAGAGGCAUGCCAGUUGUUAAAUCUAGAAAAUGCAGUAUCUAGACUGCAGUUAAUAUUAAGACGAUCUAUGUUUUGUUUUAAUCAUCACAGCAACAUCACAACUCAUUCCCAUUGAGAAGCUUGGUUUGCCUGUCGGCCCAUCAAGGCAAUUUCGACGCGUAAAUGAUGCAUUUGUUGACAGCCUCAAAGAAGAAUUGUUAAAAGAGCCAAGUGGAAGUCAUGGAUGUCUGUUCGUGGUUGCAAAGGGUGUAGAAAGCAAAGAAACAUUUGAUCCAGCUAAAAAGGAUGCAUAUGAGUACGAAGUUUUGGGGGGUACUCACCUGAUGCUAGCCACCAAGAAACUUCAUUCCCAGUACCCAGAAAACAAACAUUACCAAGGCAGAAUGGCAAGAAUCUACUGUGGCCUUACAGAUGAUCAGGCUGUUUACCUUGGUGCCAUGCAUCAAAGGUCGUCAUCAUUCUGUCAUGACAUUACAUACAGAGAAGAGGUACAUUUUGUAUUAAAAUUUUGGAUUUGAAAUUGAAUUCAGGCAUGCUUGAAGCAUACCACAUUGUUGUUGUCAUUAAAGAAAGUGAAUAUUAUUUGCUAGUCUGUCAAUGAAUAUGAAACACUGCAUAAUCAAUGAUGUUGCAUGUACAUGUACAGUGUAUGUAAUGGCCAGCCUGUUUGUUAAUAUAGAGCCCAGUUAAGGCAAUAUGAAGAAUUAAUAACUUUUAAUAUGCCCUUUCCCACUACUUUCCUUGUGUCAUCUAAUUUACAGCAUUUUUUUCUUCAUACAAAUUAAUUUAGGUAGAGAGAUGUAGAUCUCAACUAUAUGGAGAGCUUGAUGUACAGAGUGAACCUCCAAAGCCGCAACCAUCGUGGAGAGAUGAGUGUUCUCGUAUUUUAUACAAAGAUGUAAGAAUUUAAUUCACUUAAGUAAUGCAAGUUGAGUUUUUUAAAAGAAAUUGCUGAAAGGAGUGGUAACAGAAUUACAGUCGUGACAUUUUCCUACAUGGAAACAGAGAACCAUUAAUUUUUUGGUUAUUGCCUAACACAUAGUCACUUGAUUACAGUUGAAUGGUGUUCAAGUUUUAUUUGAAGUACUUUUGUCCCCUUCCUUGACCAAAGACAGUUAUAUUGUUCUGACAUGUAGUUACAUGCACCUAGCCAAUCUCCGAGGUCAUCUAUCUUUUUCUAUACGUGUACUUUGCUAUGUCACCAUUAUCAGCAGCUCACAUUAAGAAAUUCUGUCUUACAGAAAAGAAUUUUUUGUGUGAGGUCUUCACUAUGGCACAAGUAUCCUCAAGUACUUGGGGCGCUUUCAUGGAGGUAAACAGGCUGUACGAGAUUGGGAAGCUCAAAGGGCAGAAGUUUUCUCCUGGCGAUGUCGUCAAAGGGACAUUAGCAAUUAAACAGUGGCAUAUGAAGCCAUUAGUCAGCCUUCCUGAUGAAACAAAACUAUUCCUUUUGAACAAGGUAAAGGCAAUAUUGCAACAGUCUGGCAUGAAAUUUUGUUUUUCACUCCAUUUUGUAUUUUAUUAUAUUUUAAGUUAAAUUCCACUUCUUUUCAGUGGCUAAUAACCCCAAGAAUUUAAACUAAUUUUGUGUACUUUCUCUCUUUGGCAUCCCUUGAAAAUGUGUUUAUGUAGCUUCUGUUCCAAUUGUCGCUCUACAAACCCCUGUCUUUAUUAUCUGGUUCUUUUUAGAUCUCUUCUGGUGAAUUGUUAUUAAAAGAUUUAAAAACAGAAGCAGACAAGAUAAAGACACUGAACACUGUACAGUUUACAGUUAUGUCAUUCUUUAAAGUAGACGAUUGGGAUGAGAUAGUCAAGAGAUUUGGUCCAAUGGUCAACAACGAGAAGCUGUUGAGAUUUACAGUAAGCCAACAUGUUUUUCGUUGACUAAUAUAGAAAUUACCUAGUAUGUAACUAUGUAAACAGUCAUCUGCAUUAAUUAUUACAUUACACAGUAUUCACAUAGUUUUCUUCUUAAGACCUGAUCCAUUUUUGUAGAGAUUUACUGUGGAAAUCUAAAAGCUAUGAACACUUUGAUUUGAUUUUUACAUUUCCCAUUGUACAGCAACCAAUCAGAAGUAACGCAAAACCUCAAACUACUUAUAUUACCAUUACUGUUUGUGGUUUAAUUUAUUAUUCUUGUGCUUGAAAUUUAACCACAUUGACCUCUUAGUGUUCACAAUUUUUGGAUUUUCAUAGUAAUACUUCUAGUGUUAAGAAAAAAAAAUUUGAGAACAUUUUUCAUUAUAUGCAAGUACAAAAUACAACUAUAUAUCCUGCAGGUUGGGGAGGAGAAAUUAAGGUAAAUAGUAAGUUCAAGUGAUACAGUGAGAGUAGCUGACAAUUCUAUCAUGUAUAUGAAGAAGAGGUAACUAUUAUCUACUGCAAAGGAAUCUACUGAAGGAGCAGACUGUUCUUAAGGCAUUGCAUUACCACCAAUUCUUGCUGGGUAAUCAGUAGGAAAUCUUUUAAAGAUUUACUUCCAAUAUUUUUUUGUAGCUUAUUGUUCCUAUUCCUUCAAUUUAGGGAAAUUUUGAGGCCUCAUAUGAUUUCCAAGUGUUCCUGAAGAGGUUGAAAGAGUGGGAAUCUGCUAGGCAUGAGGCAGCAGAAGAUACCCCAGUUGCUACCCUGGGGGUUGAAGAAUUUACUGUCAGUAAUGAGGGUCUGCACAACAAGGGCAGUGCUGUUUUCCUUGUAACCUUCAAGAGGUGA